CACUCCACGGCAGCGCGCACCCGCUCGCUCGCUCGCUCACUCCCGCAGCAGCAGGCGAGGCACGGAGCCGCGCCCCGCACCCCUCGCACCCCGCACAUCCCUCGCACCCCGAGAGCGCCUCGCUCCACGCCGCCUCCAGCAGCUCCACGCCGCUCGCUGCACCGGGAGGGCUGCCGCUGUGCGGAGUGAGAGAGAGCCAGGGACCCCGCCACAGCUGAGAGGAUCCACGCAGCAAGGAGUAAAGACUGCACAUUGGCGGUCAACGUGUGUUUCUCAACCAUCGACAUCAUCCUGGACCUCUUCGUCUGAGGCCUUGGGGCUGCGGGACAGGCUGUGGAUGAGCGUCUAGAGCACGGCGCGAUAUCGGCGAGGCCGAGCGUUUUUCCUGGAGAGAAGGACGCGACUUCUGCGAGCAGCAGCCCGAAGCCUUUGCCUGGGAGAAUGGCGGACGUGGAUCUUCGCCAGCGGAGGCUGCAGAUGUUGAUGGAGCGAAGGAAAGCGCAGACCAACACGGAGAACAAGAAACAGGAGCUCGAGGACGAGAAGCUGAAGCUGCACCACCUGAAGACCAAGUCGAUGCGGGAGCAGUGGCUGCUGGGAGGGCAGCUCAAGAGGACACCGUCCCAGACGGACAUGGCGGAGGAGCGCGUGAAGGAGGAUGAGGCCCUGACGGAGCAGCUCUACGAGAACGUGCGCAGGCUGGAAGAGGAAGUGAGUCGUAUGGAAUGUGCGGAGCGGGAGCUGCUGCUGCGGGAAAAGGCCGUGCUGCAGCAGCUGCACCCCGAGGAGCCCCCCGCAGACGGCGCCCAGCAGGAUGUAGAGACCAUGCUCCCCGAUGAUGACGGAGGGGUGCAGUACAUCAUCACGGAGAUCCCCGACUUCCCCGCGGGGUUCACCCUGCGUGGCGCCCACGGCGACGGCCCCGGCGAGCACGGCGAGAGGGCCGCCGUGUACGCGAUGGCCAUCAGCGUGGAGAAGGACUCCAAGACGGGAGAGACGCGGGUGGUGUCCAGCACGCCGAUGAGCCCCGAGGACGCGCAGUCGCGCGGCGUCAAGGUUUACGACGACGGCUCCAAGGUGGUUUACGCCAUCGGCCACGACGGGCAGCCGCUGACCAACGGAGUGGAGGCCAUGUCCUCGGAGGAGGUGGACGCGCUGGUGUCACGGGCCGGUUCCGCGGACGUGGCGGCGGCUCCUCCCAGCCCGGAGCAGAAAGCGACGACCGACGACGACGACGACGCCCCGGCGCCGAGCGCGGAGCCUCCGGGUCCGGCCGCGAGCUCGGCGAGCCCUCGGGCCAAGUCCCCUCCCCUCGCUAGAGAAGCCGUGAUGGGCAUCGAGACAAAAGACGGACUGGCCCGAGUUUACCCGCAGCCGAACGCCGUUCACGGCGCCACCGCCGCCGACGGCCACGCCCCGAAGCCUGCGGGCGACGACGAGGGCGCGGGGGGGACGUCGAUCGCGGGCGGGGACAUCGACCCCGAGAGGCCCGUCACCAUGGUGUUCAUGGGCUACGAGCAGGUGGAGGACGAAGAGGACACCAGGAAGGCGCUGGGCUACGAAGGCGCCGGCACGGCCGAGCUGGUGGUGAUCGGAGGCGACGAGGAUGACGCCGCCGACGACGCAACCGCGGCGACGCCACUCACGGCGGACCCCACGACGGGCCCGGCAGAGCCACCGCCCAGGGCCACCAAGAAGCCGUGUGCCUGUCGAUGCUGCAGCAUCAUGUGAAUUGUUCUCAUUAUUCAGCUGUGUCUGUAGAGUUAAAGAACAGCAGCCAAACGCGGUGUUAUACCCAAGAAAUUGUUUGUCGUAUUAGAUGCUGUAUGCGUGCCUGAAAAGAAGAAAAAUGUAUCGGCUGAAAAUGUCCAUAUUUUACUUUGACAUAUUAGCGGAAUUGUAUUGUUAAAGUCUAGCCAAUUGCAUUCAUGGGAUGAUGCUCAUAAGUGCCAUGAGUUUUACUGUAAGUCAUUCAGGUUGGCUGGUCCGCUCCGUUCGAGAUCCCUCCCCGUGGGACGUGCGAGCGAGUUGUGAAUUCUCACUUGAGCGUCGAUGGCCGCUGUGAAUCAUCGCUCCGGCUCGACAGCCAUUGCACCAAUCACAUUCGCAUCAUCUCGGACUUGGUGCCUCCGUGCCAAAGAAAAUCUUUUAUUUUUCAGCGUGUAAUCUUUUUAUAUGAAUAUGUGUAGUAUGUACAGGAUCUUAUAAUACGAAACAUUGUGAUUAAAAAGGAGUUCAUGGUUUUUA